AUGCCUUCGCCAGAGCUCAUCGCCCACCUUCCCGUGCGCGCCGCCGGCAUGGAGCCGCUGGACGCUCUCGCCUCCGCACCGUCGCUCACGGCCUUGGCCACUUGCGCGGCGCUGCUAUGGCUUGUAUACCGCGCGUGGCUGGUCAUGGUCAUUAAGGAGGACGACCUCAUCAAAUUGCUCGGUCUCGACGUCCCCGCAGCGCCCCGGGUCUCACUUGCAGGCAUCAAGGCCGACGGCGCCGUUUUCCACUGGGAGCCCGCCGAGCCCCGCAGCGGCAUCCAGGCCUACCAAAUCAAGAUCAAUGGCGUUUUCGUUGAAGAAGUCGGGCCUAAAGAUACCUCCGUGAACAUCGCCAACCUGAAGCCUGCCACCGCCUAUACGCUCCGUGUGAUCGCCAUCAACCACCAUAAUUUCCACACCCAGAGCGAGCCGCUUCGCUUCCGCACGAAGCCGCCCUCCUCCGACGAUUUCUUCGACUUCGCUGCCUACAACCGCGCCGUGGAAAUUGCCAACGAUGAGGAGCACGAGCACGACGAGAAGUGGUGGGUGGAGCCCAAGGUCACCCCCUGUAAAGGAUUCCUCGAGCCAUCUUCACCGCUCCCCACGCCUUCGGAUAUGGUUCGCUCGCACAGCAACAGCACGUCGCAUCCAAGAAGGGCCACGACCGGUCGAAGGAAUUCCCCAGCGAACUCGAGCGCGUACCAGCAAGCUGAUGACUCGGCCGACGAUGCCAAGCCUGGCGAAACCGAAGCACUGCUGCAGGCGGAGGGGGACAAGCUGCGCUCGGACAUUUCGGUCACUCGCAAGGCAAUUGAAGAGGAGGAAAAGGGCUUCAGGGACCAGAAGGAGGUUUUCAACACAAGACACAACGAGCUCAAGGACGAACUUGCCCGCAAGACUGCCGCUAGCUCCGAGCUGAAGAAAGAGGUCGUCAAUCUGGAAAAAGAAAACCAGCGCGCUCAGGCCAAGAAGACCGCGGAGGAAAAGUCUCUUGAAAAGAAGUUGAAUGAGAGGAAGAAAAUGCAGGAUGAUGUCCAGCGUUUCAGAGCUGAAAUGGAUGACAUGGCCAAGGAGAUUGAGCGCAUCGGAGAGCAACAAAUCGAGUACCAGAAGAGUUCCGAACAGAGAGCCCAAGAGCUCCGAGACAAGUACUCCGAGGAACUGCAACUGAUCAAAACUCUCGAGGAAUCUGUCCGGGAAACUGGCAUUCAGAACCGAAUUCUGGAGGAAGAACGCAAGAAAUUCGAGGGCGGAGAGGGCGACAUCGAUGCAGAGCUUAGAGCUCAGUGGGCUGAGGAAGAACGGCAAUGGAGCGAUCGUAUCAGAGGGUUGCAGCAACGCUACCAGACUGCAUGGGCCGCUCUUCAGGCUGCAGACCGAGCGUACAACGAGGCACAAAACCAGCUGCAGAUCCUCUCCAGCAGAGCUGCGAAUCAACCUCAGGUCUUUAGGCCGCCUCCAGUCCUGGAUGUUGCUCCGUCCCGAAGGGCGAGUCAGAGACGUAGGCAACAUGCUGGCAGCGUUGGACAAGAGAGUUUUCCUGCCGCUCCUGGUUUCCCUGUCACUACCGCGCCGUACAACAACAACAGCAUUUCCAGCAUCUCGCCUACAGUCACAACUUCUUCGCCGUUCUUCAACUUCGCCAAUGGCGCAGUCCCGAUAUCAAACCGUGAAACUAGCUUUUCGCCUGCUGAAAUCGAGAUGCUCACUGGCGGCGCGCCUAUGAGUCCGAAUGCUGGCGCUCUUCUUCCAUCUGAUCUCUUCUCUAAUGAAACUGAUCGAUCUGCAGACGAAGGAGAAUCAGACUUCAAGCCGGACUUUGAUGAGGAUAGGAAUUCUUCAGGUUCAUUCGGAGGAGCUCCAGAUGCUCUUGCCAUCCCAGGCCUCGUCAGCGGAUUCUCACGUCAUCCAUCUCGCCGUCCCUCUGUCCAAUACGGUAACGCAUCGAAUGGUCUGGGCUAUGAAGAUGUUGUAGAGGACAAUUUUGAGUUCGCGCCGGUGACGCGAUCGCCACCUCAAGCUCCCAUUGGGACCCGCCCUCCAUCGCAACCGCAACCGACGCCAGCAACCCCUCCGAGCGGAAAGCUGAACCCUGCUGCACCUGUAUUCAAGGGCCUAUGGAGCCGUUCUGCAGACAAAGGCAAGGCGGAGAACGAGAAGCCUGGCAGGUCCAAGGACAAAUCGAAAUCAAAGUCUGACAGUUUUGACGGUUCUACCGCUGAGGAGCCCUUCCCAUCGGCCACCGCGACCACGGAUUUUGCCACGUCCGUCUCGUCUACUGUGCCCUCGUUCGAGGCGCCCGAGUCCCCCGUCGAUGGUCUGGCGAAUCUCGAUGUCUCACCGACGUCGAUGCGUAAGUCGCGCGAUGGUCGCGCCAGCACCGUCACCUCGAAUGCGGAGACAGCGUCGCUCUCGCUCUCAGCGUCGUGGAGCCCGCGCGCCUCACUCGACCGGUCCGAGUCGCGCAACACGGCAGAGAGCCUGACGGGGACGUCGGCGGGCAAGGAAUCGUGGAUGAGCAAGCUCUCACGCAAGGGCAGCUCGUCCAAGUUCCAGCUCCCCGGCUUCGGCAGCAUUGGCGGCGGCAGCAAGGACAAGAGCUCCCCGGCGAGUAGCUUCUUCUCUCGCUCGCCCCGCGUGGACAAGGACCACAACAAUGACGACCAUGACGACGAGAGCACUAUCGGUACUGAGCCGCCAACGCCUGGCUUUGCGUCAGGCUUUGCGUCAAGCUUUACGAAUAGCGCGGCGAGCAGCCCGUAUAUCGGCGGCAAUGGCGAACGCGAGAGGACCAAGGAAGAGAAGAAGGCGGAUCGGAGCAGCGGGCUCAGCUGGAGCAGUUUGCGGAGGAAGAAGAAGAGUAGCGAGAAGGCGCCGAGCAUCAACGAGAGCAUCGCGAGUGAGCGCGGCGCCAACGAGGAGGACGAGAAAUACGAGAGUGCUGAGGGGUUGGGCGUGAGCGGUGCUUGA